AUGUCCUGCGAGUUCUCGUCGUUACCAGAACCAGCAACGGUGACAUGGCUCCACAAGGCGCCAAAUUCGAUCAGUUGGGUCGACUUUGCUUGCUCUAAUAAGGAUGAAACAAAACAAUGCAGGGAAACCGAGCAUCGAGUCAGAUCGAGAUGUUUGCUACGGACAAAUUCACUUACAAUGACCGGCGCCUAUCGAUGCCAGGCGACCACACCUGAACAGAAAAACAAAGCGAUAAGCUCGGAGUUCAAUAUCAAUGUGGUUGGAAUUGAAAAGAUUUCAACCAUCCAUCACCACCUGCCAUAUGGACAGCUUGGUUUCAUAGAAGUAGAGGUAUGUGCGAAUCCGAAACCGGAGAUCUUCUGGCUGACUCGCGACGCGAUCAUUACACCUCAUCACGUUCUGGGAAGCUCUCAUGUUUCGGUCACGCAUCUUCAUCCCAAGAAGGUAUUCAUUUCAAACCCUAUUGAUACCAGUAACAUGAUUUGA